GCAGCGAGCGCAACCGGGAAAGGCUUCCGGCGAAGGUCGCGCGGCGCUGCGCCGAAGGUUCCGUGGAGGCGUCGUCGUCGGAAUCGCCCCAAGUUUUCCUUUUUUCCAAUCAUGAACGAAGCGGAGCUAGUCGAUGCCUUUAACACCCAGAUGAGGAAGGAUCCAGAUGUUGCCUCUGCAGUGGCUGCCAUCCGGGUCUUACUGGAAUUCCUGAAGAAGGACAAAGGCGAAACAAUCCAAGGACUGAGAGCCAAUCUAAAACAGGCUAUAGAAACGCUCUCUCGUGUCGAUUCCUCCGUGGCCAUUUCUUCUGGCGGAGAGCUUUUCUUAAGAUUCAUCAGUCUCACUUCGUUGGAAAACCCGGACUAUUCCAAAUGCAAAGAAAUCAUGAUUGAAAGAGGAGAGGUUUUCCUUCAGCGAAUUUCUCUUUCGAGGAAGAAAAUCGCCAAGCUUUGUCACAACUUUGUGAAAGAUGGUGGCAAAAUACUGACCCACGCUUACUCAAAAGUGGUGCUUCGAGUGUUAGAAGAAGCUGCACAGGCCAAGAAACGUUUUAGCGUCUACGUCACGGAAUCGCAGCCGGAUCGAGCAGGGCAGAAGAUGGCAGAAGCGCUCAAGAAUCUCAGAAUACCUGUCACCAUAAUUCUAGAUGCUGCAGUUGGAUACAUCAUGGAAAGGGUCGAUUUGGUGAUCGUGGGGGCUGAAGGAGUGGUCGAAAAUGGCGGGAUCAUCAAUAAGAUUGGGACCAACCAAAUGGCUGUCUGCGCCAAAGCGCAAAACAAACCCUUUUACGUGGUUGCGGAGAGUUUUAAGUUUGUACGGCUCUUCCCUCUGAACCAGCAGGAUGUCCCGGAUAAAUUUAAGUACAAAGCAGAUACACUGAAGACUCAAAAGCCUCUCACGGUCGAGCAUCCUUGGAUCGAUUAUACGUCCCCGUCUCUUAUCACACUGCUCUUUACGGAUCUCGGGGUCUUGACUCCUUCAGCUGUGAGUGAUGAACUGAUUAAACUCUAUUUGUAAAGGGCCUCCCGGAAUGGGUGGAUUGCAAGCAGUAAAUGUAAAAUGAGCAGGGAGCUUCCUGAUCGUUUGCCAGUUUAUUUUACAGAUUUUCUUUUUCUUUUCUUUUUUUUUAAAGAAAAGAUUCAUUUGUACAAAAAAAAAA